AUGUCCCUACAGGAUAUGCUAACAGCAUUAUUUGAAAAGUUUGCUAUUAAAGAGCAGGAGCGUGAAAAACAACGUGAGCUUAAAGAGCAGGAGCGUGAAAGACAACGUCAGCAGGAAAAGGAAAAACGUAGACAGGAAAAGCUUAUAGAAAAACAGCAACAGGAGCUCAGGGACCAAGAAAAGGAAAAGAAAUUUAUGGAAAAUAUAAACAAUAUUUUACUAGAAAGAGAUAAAGAAAUUGUCAGUAGGAUAAAUCAAGUGUUGGUCGAUCGUGAUAAUGCUGUUACUACCCAUUUUAAGCAGGAGAUCGAUGCAGUAAAAACCACUAUUGAACGGUUAACAAACAUUCCAGUUCAGGUCAAUAGUCUUCAAACUGAAGUAGAUAGACUAGAGAACCAAUUGAAAGCCUUGGCUACCACUGUGGAAACAAUGCAGGAGGACAUUCCCUCGGAAAUCCGAAAGCAAGUCCGAACAGAAGUAGCCAGGGUGCUGAGCUCUGAAAAUCAAAACUUUGAAAAUCUUACAGUAUGCAGUAAUGACAACACUGGUACUGACAGGGAAAAGAUCGCAGAUAAUCUAACGGCGAAUUUUAAUGCACCAGAAGGAAGACCAAAUUUUGGUAAUCAACCUAUAUUACCAGAACAAUAUGUGACACCAAGGAACAAUAAUAGUGGAAUAGAAUACACCGAUCUGAAGGAAUUUCUGUCUGUAAAUGAUUCUCUGGAUCUAGUGCAAGAAGAUGCCAGAAAAAAUUCUGACGUGAUCAGCAAUAAUAAUAGUCCUAAUAGAAAAAAUUCAUGGAAUGGAAAUAAUGGAAAUAGGGGCGAAGGUAGCCCAAAGAAAAAUAAAAGUAAAGCUUAUAGUAACGGAAAAUACAAUAAUAAUAAUAGUAGUAGGAAUCCCUACAACCAAAAUUUUGGUUAUCCUAAUAAUAACAACAGUAAUUAUCAAAAGGCGAAAGAACACCAACAACCGAAUGGUAAUCAGAGGCCGUACCACAAUGAAAACCCAAACAAUAACAAUAGCAACCGAAAGAGACGAAAUGACAACAGGUCAGACAGUCCAUAUAAAGACAAGCCUAAAAAUAUGCGGGGUGACAGUGAAUAUUGGCGACAGCCAGGGCCAAGUCAUUGGCAGCUGCGGCAAAAUUCUAUAAAUUCAGGUCAGCCAAUAAAUUAUGUACAGGCUAUUCCUAUACCAAGCAAUCAAUAUCCACCGUGGUGGGAGCCAAGCUGGCCUCCUCCGACUGAAAACUCACAAAAUGUUAGAAUAGUGGAGGUAAAUUCGGAAACAAAACACUCAGAAGCCAACAAACUAAUUUCGGUCCCUGUAGGCCUUCGCCAGGUGACCGAGGCCAACAAUGAAGGCAAUAGGUCGACGGAACAAAAAAUAAACAUGAUACGGUAUCAGGAUGGCAACAGGAUCGAAGAUGAGCUAUAUCAGGAACCUGCUGACUCUGAUCAGCCACAAAGUGAAAAUAUCCAAGCAAGUGUCACCGGAGCUGUAAAUGGUGUGGCAACUACUAUUCUGCUUGACACAGGUGCUAAUGUAUCAGUUAUGAACACGCAGUUUUUCAAGAAGGUAUCGGAGAUAAGGAGAUUGCCGAUUUUGCCGGUUGCAAAUUGUAAGGUUAUAGGGGCAUUGGGAAAAAAGGCACAUAGUAUAAAAUACCAGACACAGGUGGAAGUUUCCUUGGGAAAUGAUCGCUUAUUAUGCACGUUCCUACUAAUGGAUAACUUGUCAGUACCGGUGCUUCUGGGUCUUGAGUUCCUUCGGGAAAGGGAAGCUGUAAUUGAUCUCGCCCGUGGGACAUGUGCACUUAAGUACCAACAGUGA